AGCCAUCACAAGCAGUCCACACAGGGUUACGCAGGAAGGAAGCAGGCAAGCCGAUUCGGCCCUUCAAACGUCACUGCUGCUGCUGUUGGUAUUGUGUGUGUGUGUUGUUUUUCUAUUACACGGUUCUCGCUUCACCCACCACACUUACCGCGGAAUCGUUGUAUCAUCACUACAUCUCUUUUUGUUUUCUUCUUUCUCUCCCUCCGACCAUAUAGAGAUCACCAUUCCCCUGUGCUAAUCUUUUGGUUGUUAUUGUCAAUUAGAAUAGUAGAUAUGCGCAGUUGUCGCCGUUAGAGUGUCUUUUUAAAACCGAAGUAAGCACAGUCCAGCAGCGCAGUAGAUCAGCGCACAUUACCUAUCUUGUGUGAUUUCGUUGAUUUUGUAAAAGGUGAAAAGAGAGAGCCGAAAGAAAGAAGGUAUGAGCACUUCUUCGCGAGAUGAGCAUCGGCCUCCCUUGGCCUCCUCAACUGCCGGCGGCAUCACCAGCACACCCCACACCCCCACCAUCCGCAACGCGCACAAGCAAUCGCCGUCGUCCUCUACGCACGCCCUCCUUCAUCGCACCCCGCCAUCACCAUCGGCUGCACUGCCCUCCGCCGCCAACGUUCGCGCAGCGCUCUGGACUUUUCGAAACGCUUCGGCAGCCUCCUCGGCGGUGGGCAGCGAAGGAGUGCUUUCUACGCCCAUUCCACGCGUGGAGGGCACCACGCCGGAGGCGGCGCCAACUCCUGUGUCGUCCCCUUCUCACGCCAGUGCUGCUGCCGCGGCCGCAGCGAGCAGCGAUGAUAUUUUGCGCGGCAUCUACAAUGAGAAACUACACGCCAGCGUCCGUAGCAUCAUCACGACGCUCAGCAACGAGCUGCCGGAGGACCACAUUUUCUUGCAGCUCCUCGCCGACCCCAGUACCCAGCAGUACUGCAAGGUGCGCCUCGCGGAAGUGGUGGAGGGCUUCCUGUACUCGACGCAGGCGGAGCAGUACCACGAGCUGGCGACGGAACUCGCACGCCGGGAGCAGGACUGCGAGACGCAGCGACGGCGCAUCGAAGAGCUGGAGGCGGCCCUCGCACUUGCCGUCCAUGAAGCUGAACAGCUGCAGCAACAGCAGCAACGACGUUUGAGUGAGGUACACGAGAGCAGCUCUCACGCUUCUCGUUCACCGCCGACUCCUCCGUCGCAUAUCCCUUUACCAGAUGCCGCGGCAGAGUCGUCGUCUGCACCUCCCGUUAUGCGGCAGUCUAACCCCAUGGAGGACGAAGAAGCCCGACGAGAGCUUCUUCGCGUGUUGGAGCAAGCCACACACGACCAAGAACUCAGUCGCUGUCGACUGGCGCUGCAGGCGGUGGCGAAGGUCGUCGCGGUCGGUUCGGCGGAGCCAAAAUACGAGGAUAAGUACUUCUACGAAGGCGAGCUGAUGGGCGAGCUGUACACGUGUGUCCAAUCGCUUCUGCAGUACGUGGACGGGGCCUUGGACAGCCAAGAGCGGCUGCGGUGGGAGGUGCAGGAGCAGCACCCGUGGAUGUUGCGCCACCGUGGCGCCGAGGAAGGCUCCUCCGCGCUCUCAUCAACAGCAGUAGGUAGAGCAGCUGUGGGUGUUGGUGGAGGUGGCGGCAACGGAAGUUUUGCGGCGUCCGACUACUCCACUCCCCAUCGUCCACGCAUGUCGAUCGGUGGCACUGGCCAGGACACCAACGGCAGCGUGUUCAACAGCGCCGUGAGCUCGCACCUGCCGUCGUCGUCGUCCGCCGCUGCCGCCCAUGCGCAGGGACCUUCUCACGGUGUCGCAGCAAUUCAGAAGCGGCGCGAGGAGCUGCAGCGACUUAGCCGACAGCUUCGCCAGGAUCAGCUCACGUCACGGAACGUGCUGGAGCAGCUCGCACACGGCGAGGCGCAGCACCGGCGCGAGGCGGCGCAGUUUCAGCGGGCGUUGGAGGCGGCACGUCACGACGCCACCGCCGCGGCCACCACGGCGGCGGAGGCGCAGCACGCAAAAGCAGACGAAGAGCGGCGGCGCGCGGAGAGCGUUGCCGCUGCCGCCGCGGAGCGCACGGAGUUGCGGGACAAGCUGGCCGAUGUGCAGGCGCAGCUGGCGGCGACGGCCUUCGAUGUGCAGGCGGCCCGCCGUGAAGGACAGACGUUGGCGGCACGCGUAAAAGAGACAGAGAAGAGGGAGGCGGACGUGCUGGACGAACUCGCCACUGUCAAGACGUCACUGCGUGAGAAGGGAGCGUUACUGCGGGAGCAACAAGCUGAGUGCACCGCCUGCCACGCAGAACUGACGGGGUUGAAGGCUCUUCAUCAAGCCGACGUCGACGCCUUGCAGGACGCCGCACGGGAGCUGUUGUGCCUGAGAGUGGAGAAGACCAUGACGGGCCUGAGCGCGCUUUACCACGAAGCGAAGGCAACGAAGGCGGAACUGCUGGAGCGAGAGGGGUACCGCCAGCUGUGUGGGAGCUACAGCACCGCGGCGGCAGCGCAGCACGAAGCCGCCCGGCACGCGCAGGUACAGCUGCAGGUGGCGGAGACCGCGCAUCUGGAGAAGGCCAUGACGCAUCAAAGCGUAGCGGACGCCCUCGGGGUGCUGCUGCGGUCUAUGUGGGCCGAUGACGCGACGGAGGCGGCCUUGGGCGACGCCUCCGCCGACUACGACGGCGUCUCCAGCGACGACCAUCGAGACCCACCGUCGGCCACACCCGAAAGCUCGCACAAGGAAGGCGCGACGGCUGGCGCCGCUGUCAGCCGCGCCCAGCGCUACCGCCUCCCCUCCACCCUUCCCGGCCUCUGCUCUGCGCUGGACCACGCCUACGCGAACGUGCGGGCACGCCACCACGCGCGGCAAAAGACCAUCGAGUCGCUGCGCACCACGCUGAUCGGUAAGGAUAUUGAACUUCGCAGCGCCCAGGCGAACGAGACCCAGCUGCGCGACCUGCUGAAGGCGGAGCGGGCGAAAGAGGAGCAGUGGAGAAGCGAGAUGGCUCAACUCAACGACAACAAUCCGAUGCGUGAUCUCCUCGCUCGUCAAGACGCACUGUUGAACGCCGUCAGCGAGGAGCGUAACGCGCUGCGGCGGCAGUGGAAUAGUCUCAGUGGGGAGUACAUUGCGUUGGAGCAGCGCAACGGCGUGUUGCACGCGCGGUGUGCGGAGAAGGAGCACGAGAACGCGCGACUGAGCGGCAUGCUGCUGCGGGGUGAGACCUCAAACAACGCCACGCCACAACCGGCCGCACCAGCAGCCGCAGCACAAACGCGCACUCAGCCCACGCAAGACAAGCACAACACCACUCCAGGGAGCCACCCCUCCUUCUCCGCUGCUUCGUCCUCGACCGGUGGGUCGGAUGCCUUGAGGAAAGGCGGCAAAGACAGCUGA